AUGGCGCCCCGGCCUCCGCCCCGCCGGCCCCGCCCUUCCGGCGCGGCCGCCAAUCAGCGCGCGGCCCGCCAACCCCGCCCCGGGGGCUGCCAAUCGGCGGGGGUGGGCGGGGCGCGAGAGGCCCCGCCCCGAGCUCCGUCACCUCCCGGAGCCGCGAAACGGCCGGAGAGAGCGGCGGGAACGGGAACGGGGCACGGAGAGAGAGCGGCGGGAACGGGAACGGGACACGGAGAGAGCGGCAGGAACGGGAACGAGACACAGAGAGAGAGCGGCGGGAACGGGAACGGAACGGGGCACGGAGAGAGCGGCGGGAACGGGAACGAGACACAGAGAGAGAGCGGCGGGAACGGGAACGGAACGGGGCACGGAGAGAGCGGCGGGAACGGGAACGAGACACAGAGAGAGAGCGGCGGGAACGGGAACGGGACACGGAGAGAGAACAGCGGGAACGGGAACGGGACACGGGGAGAGAGCGGCGGGAACGGGAACGGAACGGGGCACGGAGAGAGCGGCGGGAACGGGCCGGGCACGGAGAGAGCGGCGGGAACGGGAACGGGGCACGGAGAAAGAGCGGCGGGAACGGGCCGGGGCGGAGAGGAUGGUCCGGUGCGGGCCGGGCACGGGGGAGCAGCGCUCCUGCCCUCCUUAUCUCACCCGCAGGGCUGCGGUCCUCGUCACCGCUCGGCGCUCCUGCUGCUCCGGAGCCGCUGCCGUUCCCUGCGAACGGGGUUCUCUGGUUGA